AUGCUGACUUUUGGAAGCCUGGGGAGGUUGCAGUGCCCGGUGCAGGAGGCUGGCCAGCAGAAGGCAGCCUUUCCACCUGCAGUGACACUCAGCAUGUUGUUGUUGUUCCGUCAGCCGCUGGCCGCAGCCUUCCUGCCGCUCCUCAUCCUCUCAGGAAACUGGGUUUCAGCUGAAAACAUCAACUUUUACAACGUGAGACCUCCACUAGACCCCACUCCAUUUCCAAACAGCUUCAAGUGCUUCACCUGUGAUAAUGCAGUGGACAAUUACAACUGUAACAGAUGGGCUGAAGAUAGAUGGUGCCCUGAAAGUACCCAGUACUGCUUGACAGUUCAUCUCUUCACGGAGCACGGGAAGAGCACGUCGGUCACCAAGAAAUGUGCCACGGGAGAAGAAUGCCACUUUGUAGGCUGCCACCACCAUGGGGAGAGUGGCCAGACAGAGUGUGUUUCCUGCUGUGAAGGCAUGAUUUGCAACGUGGAGAUCCCAACCAACCACACCAACGCGGUGUUUGCUGUGUUGCACGCCCGGAGGACGUCGGACGGCAGCAGGAGGACGGUCAGCGCUGCCGCCCUCCUGGCCGUCCUGGUGGUCGCCUUGUCGUGACACAAGUGUCCUCCUGACACACCUGCUUGAGAGGUCCACCUUCCUGUGGGCGUGGGGAACCGUGAGGAG